AUGUCAAGUCUUGCAAAAGCGAAAAUGAAUGGCGAUCUUGAUCUUGAUGUGUCUAGAGGAGAUUUGAACCCAGGGAGGUUUAGAGAAGAUGAGUUUGAGAGUGAUAGCUUUGAUGCAAUGUCUGGUGAUGAUGAUAAACAAGAACAACGCCCUAAGAAGAAGAAGAAGAAGACAAAGUACCAUAGACACACUUCUCACCAGAUUCAAGAGCUCGAAUCGUAA